GUGCCCUGCCAUUCAUUCAAAGUCAAAUUGUUUUGACGUAAAAAGUCGACAAAAGCUAAUUAUUUUAAAAAUUAAUCGCCUUUUUCUCUUGACCUACUCUUGAAUUUUAUAAACAAAUUCGAAAUGGAUUUGCUAGGAUCUAUCAUGAAUUCGAUGGACAAACCUCCUAGUUUAAGCGAAAACGAAAAAAUUUUAUUGAAAAAACGAAAACAAGAGUUAGAAAGACGUCAGAAUGAAGAAAAAGAGAAGUUGAAACGGUUUAAAGAUCGUGUGGAAUCAAAAUUAAUAUCUCAUUUUCAAGAUCAAAAUAAUAUGAAUCUGAAAUUUGAUCCAAUGGAUAAAGUUUGUAGAAGUAUAGUUCAUGAACUUGCCGAAAGCUGUGGGCUCCUUUCUUUUGCUUUUGGAAUUGAUGGUGUAGAUAGAUAUAUUAGAAUCUACAGAAAAGAUCAUCCACCUUGUGAGGAUGAAUUAGCAGCAAGAAGAAGAGGUGAACCAUGGAAUGAAGAAAUUAGGCAUAGACUUAUUGAAAAGAGAAAAUUGGAAUUAGAAGAGGAAAGGGAGGCUUCAACCAACAAAAAACAAAAAAAAUUCAUACCAAAUUCAAAUUAUAAGGACAAAUAUGCACAUUUAAUUGGUCAGGAUGCUGCCUUAAAAGCUGCUAAAAAGACAGAGACUAACAAAUCUUAUGGUUUUGUUCCUAGUGAAAAUAAGAAGGAUGUGCGGUCAAUUGAACAAACUAUGGCUGACAUAAAGGCCAAAAAGCAGCUAAAGCUCAACUCAACUGAACCAAUUGAAUCAUCAACUAAUCUUCCUCCAUGACUUGAGGUUACUAAGUGAUUAUAGCAUAUCGAUACCUUAACUUGCAAACCAGCUAACUCCAAAACUGCAAAUGUUGUAGAAGGUAAUAAAAACGUUCUAAAUAAAUUCACGUCAGUGUCUAUAAGUUAAAAUGAACAUUUUGAAUUGUAAGGAUGGCUGUAAUUUCAAAUAAAAUGUAAGGAUUUUUUCUUAAAUACUUUAUUUCUGAACUCAAACACAUAACAUGGGAGGAGGAGUGUAAAUCAAAUCAGCAACUGAACUGAAUGACAUAACAUAGAGACAUUGUCAAAAAUGUUACAAUGAGAAGAACUCCAUUAUGUCAUAAGUAUUAUUUCGAAUUUCCAAUAUAUAGUAACAUCUAUUCUAUAACUAUCAAUAAAUAAAGAAUAUGUGAGUUGUUUGUUUUAAAAAUAUUAUUCAAACAUAUUUAUAUUAUUAGCAUGCCACUAAAUUUCCAAUAGGCAGUGAUAGCCAAUUUCUCUGUCAAUUGAUGAUGUAGCUGUGUUCAUCUUAUUGUUAUUGGACCCUACCAACUUGGGAAGCUAUUUAUCUUACAUAAUUUUAAGUAUUAAACAUUGUUAUAUACAAGGUAGUGCAAAGUCAUGCUCUAAUAUAUAUUUUAAAUAAUUGUGGCACCAAUAAAAAACAAAUUUAGUACAUGACAUCAACCAAAUGGCCACCUUCUGUAAUGAAAAGCUCUUUUUAGCUCAUUUUCCAUGGUUUUCAUUGACAAUUUCUUGCCUUAUGGCCUUGAAGACUGUCAGAGUUUGUGAUUGAUUCACUUACACAGGAUUCUUCAGAUAACCUCUCAGAAAGAAAUCCGGCAUGAUCCAACAGAGUUCUUUACUAGGAUUGAUAUGAAUAUUAUAUUCUUUCAUUAUAUUCUUUCUGUAAUCUGUGUAAAAUAGAUAAUAUUCAUGUAGGUGUAAAAAAAAUAUGAAUAGCGUCACAGCCCAAUGAAAUAUAAGAAGAAAUAAAUUCAUAAUCAAUUCAUGCUAUUUUACCAAAAUUAUAUCAUAGGGAUUUUAUUAAUUUCAUGAUUUCUUUUAUGACCCACUGGCUAAUUUACUUGAGCAAUUAUCAUCUUUAUCUAAUGUGAAAUACCUAUAGCUAAGCACACUUCUGGUGGUAGUAAGUAUACAUCCCUUGAAAAAAAAAAUAUUAUAGUUUACCGAGACAGCACACCAAAUCCCAGAGAUAUCAACAGAAUAUUUUUUGUGGAUAUCCAAUAUAUCCACAGGAUAUCAGAAAUAUUCUGUGGAUCUAAUAUGGAUAUCCAAAUGUCCGUCUAUAUCCAGAAUAUAGAAGAUAUCCUAAUGGAUAUUCAGCAAAAUAUCUAAUGGGUAUCUUCCAGAAAAUACAAGAAAUCCCAGAGAUAUCCACAGAAUAUAUUUUGUGGAUAUUCAACAUAUCCAAUAUGGAUAUCCAACCAAAUGUCCGUCUAUAUCCCAGGAUAUAGAAGAUAUUCGGAUAUUCAGCAAAAUAUUUUAUGGGUAACUUUAGUAGAGGUUCAUAAGUAACCAAUGAUUAUUGAAUAACGUCGAAAGAAAAUAGCAGAGAUAAAACAUAUUUUCAACACUCUGCCUUUGAUUUUGCCCUCUAAGGAGAAAGUCAUCCUUAUUAGGACUCUUCAGCAAUAAAUGAAAAUUCUCGACUCCAGUCUCUAAUGGAGUGAUUACGACACAAAUUUCGAUCGAACUCAAUUACGGCGGGUCGAGCAUGAGUAAAUGCGAUAGUGGUAUCGCCAUCUAUACUUAGUAAGCAGAAUCAAAUAACAUCUAGUGGAUAUCCACGAUGGUUUGCGUCCGCGCUUAGACUUUGAUAUAUUUAGUGGAUGUUCAUGGGAUAUUGAAUACACCUUAAAAAAAUUAAUUUUAAAUAUCUGAACGGUACUAUUAGCCACAAUGGUGUAAUUUUUUAAUAAUUUGCUAUAUAAUUAGUAUUAUUUAUGGACAUUUGCAUGUCUAUAAAUUACAUUUCAUGGAUAUAAAAUAGAUAUCUACCAUGGACUGGACAUUCAGUGGAUAUUGGGAUGUUCAGUAGAUAUCCAAAGGAUUUGGUGUGCUGUCUGGGUAUGU